CCUGCUUCCCCCCCCCAGUUUAUUACUUUUUCAACCAACUUCCCCCUCCACUCUCUACUUCCUUCUUAGAGGAUGCUGAGGGUAUGAAAUUAAAAGGAGCCCUGAUUUUGUUGCGCUCACGGCUCCUGGCGCUUCCCAAGAUUUGAUAUCGUCAAUCCCCCCAACUGAGGGGAGUUAUGACAUAUUGACAUCUCCACCAUUUACUCUUUCUUUCACUGAGAUUGCAUACCGGGGACUCUUGUCUUACUACCUUCGUUGCCUCCGUUGCCUCCGUUGCCUACGAUCUUGAACAGAACUCUUGCGACGCCCUGAACGCUCUCCACGAUCACGGAUACCCCCUGUCGCCUUCUUUGCAUAUCGGAAUAGAUAUCACUUCCAUAUUUCAUCGAUCUACUGCUUCUGCUUCCUAUCCUCGAUCGCUGAUUUUUCGACAAUAUGGCGGAUUUGGGGGGCCAGCGUAACCGGAAUUACCGGCCUCACGGGCCUGCCUCGUCAACGCAGCGGGAUGCUGCGUAUUCUGACAUCUUUGGAGGCGCACCCCUCCGGGGCGCUCCCAGACGAUGAAUUCGCAGACUCCACAGUUCAAUCAGGGCCGCGCUCACACCAUGUCGUCGCAUGUUGCACAACCCCAAUUCCAGAGACCACCGCCGCCGCCGACGCGGCAAGUGCCAAAUGGAUACGGACCGCCAUCAGCACCACCAAACGGAUACCCUCCACCUCCGCCAUCAGGACAAUACCAAGCAUAUAAUCCGGGGGCUGCCGCCACAAUGUCCUCCCAUCAACCCCCUCGGCCAUACCCGGGUGCUCAACGCUUUGCUGCCUAUCCGCGACCCCAACGCCUCGAUUCGAGACCAAGUCCUACCGCGCAAUACGCAGAAGCCAGGGAUUUCAAUCGCCCGAUGCCGCCUCCUGCGCUAAACUCCGAUGCUUCCCGAUCAAGAUCAAUGGCAAAACUAAGCGGGCCACCGUACCAAAACCCGCCCAGCAACUUCAAUCACACAUCCGCCAUCGCUUCUCGCCGCGAGCAGUAUCAUGCUGGAGCCCCGGUGACUCAGCUCGGGCGUCCUGUGCCGGAAAAGCAUACCAAUGAGCGAGCCAUGUCUAUGUCUUCGUGGUCAUCGGAUCGAGAUGCGCAUAUUAUGAACAGCGGACGGUCCAUUCCCAGUCGCAGGCCUCCGUCGGGCCAUGAUCAACAACCAUUGCCGAGACAGGACACAAUGCCGCAGACCAGCCCAGAUGGCCUUCCUAGCUCUCGUCAGCCGAGCGAUGCAUCAACGAGGUCUCGUACAAUGUCAAUGGCAUCGACUGCGACUGCGACUGCGACUCCUAUGUCUGAUCGGACCAUGAGUGUCCAGAGUCAAUUCACGCAAAAGUCUGGUCCGGUAAAACUGGUUGCUAGGGAUUCACAACGCAAGGUUCCGGUGGUCUAUCCUGCUUUACUUUCUCGGGUUGCAGAUAUCUUCAGGGAGAAGAUUUCACUCGGCGAACGGCAGAAGAACGGUCUGUCAUACCAGAAUGCAUUUUCGGGUACUGACUCGGUGGAUUUGAUUGGGAACAUCAUUCGGACCAACGAUCGCAACCUCGCUCUUCUGCUGGGUCGAGCGCUGGAUGCUCAGAAAUUCUUCCAUGAUGUCACCUAUGACCACCGUCUCCGAGACGCUCCCGGUGAGGUAUAUCAAUUUAAGGAAACGUUAGGAGAGGACAAAUCUACCACCGAGGUCAAUGGAGUUUUCACCCUCCUGACUGAAUGUUAUUCUCCAACCUGCAACCGAGACAGUCUUUGUUAUUCAAUUGCUUGCCCGCGACGACUGGAACAGCAAGCCAGGUUGAAUCUGAAACCUCAGCCGGUUCUGGGAGCUACGGACACCAAACUUGGGGGCACCAUUCCAAUCGACGAUGACGAUGACAACGACAAUCAAAAGUUGUGGAUCAGCACGGUGCCUAAGGAGGUCUCGGAUUCCGUGGACGACCAUGAGAAGAAACGACAGGAGAUUAUCUUUGAGAUCAUGUACACGGAACGUGAUUUCGUGAAGGACCUGGAAUAUUUGCGCGAUUUCUGGAUGCGACCAUUACGCGCUGCGGGCACCACAACGCACUCGCCCAUCCCAGAACACCGACGGGAGAAGUUCAUUCGAACCGUGUUUGGAAACUGCUUGGAGGUUCUCAAAGUCAACAGUGCUCUGUGCGAAGCUUUGAACGGUCGACAAAAAGAGAGCCAGGUCGUCCAGACAGUUGGUGAUAUCUUCUUGCAACAUGUGCCUCGCUUUGAUCCAUUCAUCAAGUAUGGUGCCAACCAACUGUACGGAAAGUACGAAUUUGAGAAGGAGAAAGCUUCUAACCCGGCUUUUGCCAAAUUCGUUGAAGACACGGAACGCCUGAAGGAGUCUCGAAAGCUUGAACUUAACGGUUACUUGACAAAGCCCACCACCCGUCUUGCAAGAUACCCCCUUCUGCUAGAAGGAGUCUUGAAGAACACUGCAGACGGCAACCCCGACAAGGAAGAUAUCCCGAAGGCUAUCAAGUUGAUCAAGGACUUCCUCUCGCGUGUCAAUACCGAGAGUGGUAAAGCAGAGAACCAUUUCAACUUGGUCCAGUUGAACGCUGCGUUGAAGUUCAAUCCUGCGGACUAUGUCGAUUUGAAACUUACAGAAGAAAACCGGCAAAUGCUCAUGAAGAUGGCGUUCAAGAAGACAACCGCCGACAGUUCUGAUGUCACCGCUUAUCUCUUUGAUCACGCCGUCUUGCUUGUUCGAAUCAAGGUGGUUAACAAGCGUGAAGAGUUCCGAGUCUAUAAGAAGCCCAUUCCUCUGGAGUUGCUAGUUAUCGCUCAGAUGGACGAAGUCAUCCCUCGACUGGGAAUUGCCAAGAGGCCUUCAUCCAGUCUCCUGUCCAACAAGGCUCCGAUCAACCCCCCACCUGCUAAAGAUGGUGGUCUCCCAAUUACAUUCAGACAUCUCGGAAAGGGUGGUUAUGAGCAGACUCUUUACGCCACCAAUGUCGCCACACGCCGCAAGUUCAUUGAAGCGGUGGAGCAACAACAACAGAAGCUGUGGGAACGGAACAGCAACUUCUACAACAAGACUAUUCUGUGUGAAGGUGCCUUCGGCAACUUGAACCGUGUGAACUGUCUCGUUCCAAUCGACGGUGGUCGGAAAUUGGUUUAUGGUACAGACAGCGGUAUCUAUGUCUCUGAGCGUUGGCCCAAAGAUAAGUCGGUCAAACCAAAGCGAGUUCUCGAUGCUACCCAGGUCACGCAAAUCGACACCCUGGAAGAGUACCAGCUAGUUUUGGUUCUGGCAAACAAGACACUUUCUUCUUACCCUAUGGAUGCUCUUGACCUCGGAGAGGGCCAAAACGCAAUGGCAAAGCGCCCAAAGAAAAUUCAAGGUCAUGCCAACUUCUUCAAGGCAGGCAUUGGUCUUGGUCGUCAUCUGGUUUGCUCGGUUAAGACAUCGGCGCUCUCAAGUACCAUCAAGGUGUACGAGCCGAUGGACAAUCUCGCCAAGGGAAAGAAGAAGUCUGCUGUCAGCAAGAUGUUCCAGAGUGGCCAAGACACACUCAAACCAUUCAAGGAAUACUACAUCCCUGCCGAAUCUUCUUCAAUUCACUUCCUUCGUUCUACUUUGUGUGUUGGAUGUGCACGUGGCUUUGAAGUUGUCAGUCUGGAAACGACAGAAACCCAGUCUCUCCUCGACCAAGCAGACACCUCCCUUGAUUUCGUGGCACGGAAGGAGAACGUUAAGCCUAUCCAUAUCGAGCGUAUGAAUGGGGAGUUCCUCCUCAAUUACAGUGACUUCUCAUUCUUUGUCAACCGCAAUGGCUGGCGAGCCCGUCCAGACUGGAAGAUCGCCUGGGAGGGCAACCCGAACGCAUUCGCCCUCUCAUACCCCUACAUCCUGGCAUUUGAACCGAACUUCGUUGAGAUCCGACACGUGGAGACAAGUGAACUGACGCAUCUGAUGACCGGGAAAAACAUUCGCAUGCUGCACUCUUCCACUCGAGAGAUCAUCUAUGCCUACGAAGACGAAGGUGGUUAUGACGUGAUUGCCAGUCUCGACUUUUGGACCAAUAAACCCCAACAGCAAAGCGUUUAAUCGCCCAAGCUGCAUGGGAAUCACGAAUAACUCGUCACUCAGCGGAGGAACAAAAACCGCCUACCAUAGACAACCAAACCACCACCUCAACCUCCAAUCCCUCCCACCCUACAAAUGAACAGGAUUGACCUGUCUUCUCAUUUUUACGCAAUGUACAAUGGAGCGCAAAUACCACUUCUUGCGUGUCUGCUUUCCUGCUUUCGACCGCCCUUCUACCCUUUUCUUCACUUCUUGCUGAUUGCAUUUUUCUCCCACUUUUCCCUCUAGAUAUCUUCAUCCCUUUUCCACCCUUUAAAAUCUUCAUCUUUCUAAGCUCGUUCUAUUUACCUGAUGCUUGUCUCCUUUCCUCCACAUGGCCGUGUUUCCAGAGACCUCUUUCUUACUUGUUUGUGUCGGUUAAGUUUGAGGUAUCUUGUCUGUUAUACUAAGCAAUGUCAUUGAUGUGGAUGGAAGUGUUGCGUUUCGGGCGGAGAGAGUUUUGUUGUAGGCUUGCGGCUAGAAUGUGUUAAUGUAUGUGGGAAUACACUAUCGGCUGUUGUCUGUAAACAUAUUCAUUUCAUUUAUGCGUACGGAGAUUGAGUGAGAGACUUCACAAAAUAUGUAUCUGCUCAAGGAAUAAGUAAUGAUCAUGUCUGAGCACUCGGGCACAUCCUGG